AUGUAUCUGACACGAAGGAAACCGGCGCUGUAUCUCCGGGAAGACAGCAGGUCUGGCCUUUUUCUUGGGAUUCUGCCAAGGAAAUGCAGCAUCUUCAAACUGUUUCUGACUUGCUUACUACUGGGAUUCUUAUCAAUGCUCUGGUUGCAAUUUAGCUGCACAGGAGAUGUCAAGAGGCAUGAAGAGAGAUCUCCAAAGCAGCCCUGUCCACCAGUUCCUAGGACUAUAAGUGAGGAUCCCUCAUGGGGUCCUCAUCGUCUUGCCUUACUUAUUCCUUUUAGGGAACGAUUUGAGGAACUCCUAAGCUUUGUACCCCACAUGCACCAGUACCUGUCUGAGAAGAAAAUCCGCCACCAUAUAUUUAUAAUAAAUCAAGUGGAUCAUUAUAGGUUUAACAGGGCUUCUUUGAUAAAUGUGGGCUUCUUAGAGAGUGGAAAUGAAACGGACUACAUUGCUAUGCAUGAUGUUGACCUGCUACCUCUUAACCCAGAUCUGGAUUAUGGGUUUCCAGAAAGGGGACCUUUCCACGUGGCUUCCCCAGAACUUCACCCCCUUUAUCAUUACAAGACCUAUGUUGGAGGGAUCCUCCUCCUCACCAAACAGCAUUAUGAACUGUGUAAUGGAAUGUCAAAUCGAUUUUGGGGAUGGGGUCGUGAGGAUGAUGAGUUUUACCGAAGAAUCAAAGGAGCUGGACUCCAGCUCUAUAGGCCCUCUGGAAUAACAACUGGAUACCAAACCUUCAGGCAUAUUCAUGACCCCGCAUGGAGAAAGAGAGACCAGAAACGGAUUGCUUCUCAGAAGCAGGAACAGUUCAAAGUAGACCAUGAGGGAGGUUUACACAGCGUCCAGUAUCGUGUGGAAUCUCGAUCAGAAUUAACCAUUGGUGGUGCUCCAUGUACAGUGCUGAACAUACUGCUGGAUUGUGACAUGAGUGAUACUCCAUGGUGUGUUUUUAACUAA